AUCGUGGUCUUGCCACAAUUUGCGGCAAGUAUUGCGCUUCUCCGGCUCAGCUGCAGUCCUUUUUCUGUGUUUUCACUUUACUGGACAUCAUGCUGGGGAGAAUUUCGCCGCUCUGUCGGAUCCCUAAUGGUUGACGUUCUAACUCUAGAACCGAGUUCUGCCAAUACAUCACCAGGGUUCGACCUGCCGUGGCCCCAAGAGCCAGCAUAUGCCGGAUUACUAGUAGGAGUAUUCGCUUGGCCUUCAAUCAAUGACGCAUGUGGUUGACAGGGUUCUUCGGAUCCGGUGGCGGGGACCCCACGACGAAGGCUCUCCUGUCCCCCCUCUGAUAACAAUACGAGCAAUACUCCAGUUCCAUCAUAUAAAACGGACCAUCUUCAAGCCUUUCUCAUGAACAUACUCAGCGAUAUCUCCUCAGUCUCAUUCCCCACUGCAGCUCCCACGUCUGAGAAUCUGGUCGUCCAAGAUGAACACGUCCCCUUCGCCUGUUCUUGCAGAAAAGAUGCAGGUACAAGAACAUGACGAGAAGUCGACCCUCAAUAACAACGAGAAGCUGUUCGAGCACGCUGCUUCCACCAAGCACCACGAUCCUAACUGGACCGGCGAUGGCAUCGACACAACAAGCGUUGACCCACAAAAGACACUCCGGAAGAUGGAUUUACGCUUGAUACCUAUGCUAGCUUUACUCUACCUACUCUCCUUCCUUGACCGUGGAAACAUUGGGAACGCGAAAAUCGCAGGAAUGGAAGACGACCUCAACCUAUCUGGCCCUCAGUAUUCGCUCUGCGCCACCGUGUUCUUCUUUACCUACUGCGCCUUCGAAGUCCCAUCUAACUUGCUCCUCAAGCGCUUCCGGCCAAGCGUGUGGCUGCCAGCUAUAAUGGUAGCCUGGGGCACUGUCAUGACGCUCAUGGGCGUCGUCCAGAACUACCACGGCCUCCUGAUUGCUCGCAUAUUCCUUGGAGUCGCAGAAAGCGGAUUAUAUCCGGGGGUGGCAUACUAUCUUACUAUGUGGUAUGUUACCGAAGAGCUCGCAUUCCGACAGGGCCUUUUCUUCAGCGCUGCAAGUAUGGCCGGCGCGUUCUCUGGUCUACUGGCCUAUGCCAUCUCGAAAAUGGACGGUGUUGGUGGCUACGCUGGCUGGAGAUGGAUCUUCAUCCUAGAGGGGCUACUGACUGUCGCUGUGGCGAUUGUCGCCUUUUUCUUGCUCCACGACUUCCCAGAUACCGCGACAUUCUUGACUGUGGAGGAGAGGGCGUGGGUGGUGCACCGCCUGAAGUACCAAGGCAGCAAGAAGAGUGGAAGAGCGAUCGCCGAAAGUGACCAUUUUGAGUGGAAGUAUGUUAUCAGAGCAUUGUCCGACUGGCAAAUUUACGUCAGUCUAUUCAUGUACUGGGGUAUCGUCUGUCCUCUGUACGGCAUAUCCUUCUUCCUGCCCACAAUUAUAGCGGAUCUAGGCUAUACGUCCACAACUGCGCAACUCCUUACGAUCCCGAUCUACGUCUCCGCCGCCAUCUUGGCCAUCCUGCUGUGCUGGAUGUCCGACCGUGCUGUCAAGCGUGGCGCUUCCCGCUGGGUGUACAUUUUCGUCCCCAUGUGUGCUAUCCUGGUCGGCUUCGUCAUGGCAAUCGCGGCCUCCGCGACAGGCGGCGCCCCCGGCGUGGUGUACGCCGGCAUCUUCAUUGCUGUCUGCGGUAUCUACCCUGCUUUCCCGCAGAACGUAACCUGGAUCGCGAAUAACCUGGCUGGAAGUUAUAAGCGCGCCGCUGGCAUGGCUGUUCAGAUUGGCCUCGGCAACCUCGGCGGUGCUUUUGCUAGCAACUUCUACCGCGCCAAGGACAAGCCGAAAUUCUUACUCGGCCAUGGACUCGAACUCGGCUUUGUUGUGCUGGGAAUGUUCGCCGUUCUCGUGUUGAGAUUUGCAUACGGACGCAUCAACGCACAGAGAGAGAAGAGUGGCAAGGCGCAUGGUCUUACGGAUGCCGAGUUGUCUGACCUGGGCGAUAAGAGUCCGUCGUUCAGGUACACGAUCUAGAGGAGUGAUACAUUUCUCGCGCACUAUUGAGGACUAGAAGGACGGAGACAACGAAAGCGAGCAUCGAGCUCCACGUGUUAGAUUGCUGAAGCGAGGCAGGCUUGUACGAAGAACGUCGGAUCGUAAGAGCACCAAGGAGAGCUAUUCUGAGGCGUGGGGAGUUAAUCCUGAUGGAAAUGAA